CUUUUAUGAGAAGAUAAUUAUAGUAGCCUACUACUCGGCUGAGAUUUGUUUUAAUGUCCCAACUAGCGAUAAUAAACAUUGAUUGGCGACUGAAGACACGUGUGCGUGCCCGAGCCUAUUCGUGGUCACGUGUCCCGCGUCUGGCGGGCUGUAGAUGAGCGGAGGAGCGCAAACAAGCGCAGCGGCGGAAUCCGGCACACACCGAACGUGGCCGCGAUCGUGACCACAGCGACGACGAAGCCUUCCCUCCGAGCGGAACAUUCCCGUUUCUCAGAGACGUGAGCCUCGACGCGGCGGUCAGGUGCAGCCUUCAUGAUAUAGCUCCACGCUCAGAGCUCGAGCUACCGAUAUAAAUCAUGAUUUCCCCGUGGGACCGUUGGUAUUCGACCAGCUGCUGCCUCUGCUGCCAUGUACGGACGGGCACUAUUAUUUUGGGAAUAUGGUAUAUGCUCAUCAACGCGGUGGUCUUGCUCAUCCUGCUGUCUGCGCUGAACGACCCGGUCCAGUACCGCUACCACCUCACCAGCUCGGAGCUGGGCACCGACAUCGACGUCAUGGACGAUGCCAACAUCUGCAUAGCAACCGCCAUCUCCCUGCUCAUGAUUCUAAUAUGUGGCAUGGCCACAUAUGGGGCUUACAAGCAACAUGCGGCGUGGAUCAUACCAUUCUUCUGCUACCAAAUCUUUGACUUUGCCCUCAACACCUUGGUGGCCGUCAGUGUGGUCGUUUAUCCCAACACGGUGCAGGACUACCUUCAGCAGCUGCCGGGAACGUUCCCGUACAAAGAGGACAUCAUGUCCACCAACAACGCGUGCCUGGUCUUCGCUGUGCUGCUCUUUGUGGGCUGUAUCCUCUCCUUUAAGGCCUAUCUGAUUGGCUGCGUCUGGAACUGCUACAGAUACGUGAGUGGGCGGGGCACCACAGAGGUGCUGGUGUACGUCACCACCAACGACACCGCGGUCCUGCUACCCCGCUACGAGGAGGCCGUGGCCCUCCCCCCCAAGGAGCCCCCCCCCCAGUACAUGGAGCCCUGAGCCACCUUCCCCCC